AAGCCCACAAUGGCUUAUGUGUUGAUCACGUAUUGGCGUUAAAUCAAUUGGUUGUGCGAUAUAUCGCCCGAAAACGAUAAUCAUUACGAAAGCUCUGGAAUUCAUCACAUUUGGCGACUGCAACCCAAACAGUAGAGAGAAAUGGCACCAAAACUGGGUUCAGUAUCAAACGAGUCGUUAUUUCUUCAUCUGAUGGCACGCAUCGACGCCUCGCGAGUGAAGGCUAACCGCAAGCGGUCGAUGGGGGCUGAGGUCCGGACCCUCGAGUUCUGGAGAGCUAUUAUAGCCGAGUGUUUGGCCGCCUUUUUCUACGUAUUCUUGUUAUGUGCGACACAUAUCUCGUGGACGGGCUCACACUUAGCCCAUCAGCCCAAUUGGCUCAUCAUGUCAUUCACGAGUGGCUGUGCGAUGGCCACCCUUUCCCAGUGUUUCGGACAUAUCAGCGGCGCUCACGUGAACCCAGCCGUCACGAUAGCCCUAUUCGUCACCUCUAAGAUCACACCUCUUCGGGCACUACUCUAUGUGAUCGCACAGUGCGGGGGAUCUAUCGCUGGCGCAGCGCUUCUCUAUGGUGUAUCAGUGACUGGACAUCAAGGUAUGGGUCCGCUGGGCAUCUCUGUAGCGCACGACCAGCUCAACUCAUGGCAGAUAUUUGGUGUGGAGUUUGUGCUCACAUUUCUGGUUGUGUUCACAAUCUUCGCGACAUUGGAUCCAAACCGUAAAUCAUUGGGAAGCGAUUCGCUGUCCAUUGGUAUCGCAUAUCUCGUCUGUUCAUUGACUGGGGUCUAUUGGUUGGGCCCUGUCUUGGGGGGAGUGUUGGCCGGUUUGAUCUAUGAGUACAUAUUUGACACUAAAAAGUCUGGAAAAACAAUACGCGAGGCCUUUGAUGAACUGGAAAGAGAAUCCAAUUUAGACGACGACUACGAGGACCCGGAUAUUAAGAUCAAUAAUAAGCCAGUGGUCGCCUACAGCACCACAUCCGGCACCUCCUCCGGCAGUAGUAGUGGUCAUCGCUCUAAUCACACCCAACAGAGCGCUGUCAGCGUUCACGCCAACAACGGGUCGGGCGGUCAUUACGACAGCUUCCGAACGAUGGCCACAAUCAACGCCUACACUCCCACUCCGGCAGCUCUGGACGGUGUGGGCGUCUAUGGGAACGGCGGCGGCGGAACACCACAUCACGUCAAACUCCCGUCCAAUAACUAUCACCCAAAUAACUCCAACUACACCGCCGUUUACGGCACUCAACGCUAUGGACACAACACUCUCAGACAACUGCCCUCACGAAUGGAUUACAGCGCGUCGGUGGCCGUGUCUACCGGUCCCGGCAAUACCAAGUUCUAA